AUGUCCGACCUACGCUUCGAUAACCAGACGGUCGUCGUCACCGGCGCCGGCGGUGGUCUGGGGAAGGCAUAUGCCCUCUUUUUCGCCUCAAGGGGCGCCAACGUCGUCGUAAACGACCUCGGUGGCUCGCACUCGGGUGAGGGCAAGUCAUCAAAGGCUGCAGACGUCGUGGUGGAGGAGAUCCGAGCCGCCGGUGGCAAGGCUGUCGCCAACUACGACAGCGUCGAGGACGGUGAGGCGAUCAUUGACACUGCCAUCAAGAACUUCGGCCGCGUCGAUGUGCUGCUCAACAAUGCCGGCAUCCUCAGGGAUGUCAGCUUCAAGAAUAUGAAGGAUUCGGACUGGGAUCUUAUUAACCGUGUGCACACAUACGGUGCCUACAAGUGCGCCCGCGCCGCAUGGCCUCACUUCCGCAAGCAAAAGUACGGCCGCGUUAUCAACACUGCCUCCGCCGCCGGUCUCUUUGGCAGCUUCGGCCAGGCCAACUACUCGGCCGCCAAGCUUGGCCAGGUCGGUUUCACUGAGACCCUGGCCAAGGAGGGUGCUAAGUAUAACAUUCUUGCCAACGUCAUUGCGCCCAUCGCUGCUAGCCGCAUGACCGCCACUGUGAUGCCUCCCGAUGUCCUGGAGAACCUUAAGCCCGAUUGGGUGGUUCCCCUCGUCGCUACUCUGGUGCACUCUUCCAACACCACUGAGUCCGGUGGCAUCUACGAGGUGGGCGGUGGCCACAUCUCUAAGCUCCGCUGGGAGCGUGCCAAGGGUGCUCUCCUGAAGACCGACGACUCUCUGACACCCGGCGCCAUUGCCGCCAAGUGGAACGAUGUCAACGACUUCUCUAAGCCGGACUAUCCCAACGGAGCCGCUGACUUUAUGGGUCUGCUCGAGGAUGGUCUCAAGCUGCCAAGCGCCCCUAAAGCCCAGGCGCCUGACUUCACGGGCCGCGUUGCCCUCAUCACUGGCGGUGGUGCUGGCCUCGGCCGCGCUUACUGCUUGCUGUUCGCCAAGUACGGCGCCAAGGUUGUCGUGAACGACUUGAUGGACCCCGAGCCUGUGGUUCAGGAGAUCAAGAAGAUGGGUGGCGAGGCCGUCGGCAACAAGGCCUCCUGCGAGGACGGCGAUGCUGUCGUCAAGUCUGCUAUCGACGCCUUUGGCCGCAUCGAUAUCCUGGUUAACAACGCCGGUAUCCUGCGCGACAAGGCUUUCACCAACAUGGAUGACAAUUUGUGGAACUCUGUCGUCAACGUCCACCUGCGCGGUACCUACAAGGUCACGAAGGCUGCGUGGCCCUACUUCCUCAAGCAAAAGUACGGUCGUGUGGUCAACACUACUUCCACCAGCGGUAUCUACGGUAACUUCGGCCAGGCCAACUACGCCGCCGCUAAGUUGGGUAUCCUUGGUUUCUCCCGCACUCUCGCCAUGGAGGGUGCCAAGUACAACAUCAAGGUCAACACCAUUGCCCCCAACGCGGGCACCAACAUGACCCGCACCAUCAUGCCUGAGGAGAUGGUUCAGGCCUUCAAGCCCGACUAUGUCGCUCCCCUCGUGGCCCUGCUGUGCUCUGACGCCGCCCCCGAGCCCUCCACCAAGGGUCUCUUCGAGUGCGGUAGCGGUUGGUUCGCCCGCACCCGCUGGCAGCGCUCUGGCGGCCACGGCUUCCCCGUGGACGUCAAGCUGACCCCCGAGGCGGUUGUUGCCAAGUGGAAAGUGAUCACGGACUUUGAUGACGGUCGUGCCGACCACCCGGAGGAUGGCCAGGCUGGUCUUGAGCGCAUUAUGGCCAACAUGUCCAACCGUGCUGGCGGCAGCGGCGAGAAUGAGUUCCUCGCUAAUAUCGAGAAAGCCAAGUCUCUCACUGCCGAGGGCACUCCCUUCGACUAUGUCGACCGCGACGUUAUUCUCUACAACCUCAGCGUGGGUGCCAAGCGCACUGACCUGCCUUUGGUGUACGAGAACCACGAGAACUUCCAGGCUCUCCCCUCGUAUGGUGUGAUCCCUUGGUUCAACACUGCCAACCCCUGGAACCUGGACGACAUUGUCAAGGACUUCUCGCCCAUGAUGCUGCUCCACGGUGAGCAGUACAUGGAGGUCCGCAAGUUCCCCAUCCCCACCUCCGCCAACACCCUCACCUACCCCAAGCUCAUCGACGUUGUCGACAAGGGCAACGCCGCCGUGGUCGUGGCAGGCUACACCACCAAGGAUGCUAAGACUGGCGAAGAUCUGUUCUACAACGAGUCCACCAUCUUCAUCCGCGGCAGCGGCGGCUUUGGCGGCUCUCCCAAGCCCACGGCUGCCCGGCCAAAGGCUGCUACUGCGGCCUACAAGCCCCCCAAGCGCGCCCCCGAUGCCGUUAUCGAGGAGAAGACCUCCGAGGACCAGGCUGCGCUGUACCGCCUGAACGGCGACCGCAACCCGUUGCACAUCGACCCCGAAUUCAGCAAGGUCGGCGGCUUCAAGACUCCCAUCCUGCACGGUCUGUGCUCGCUCGGUGUCUCCGGCAAGCAUGUCUUCGCCAAGUACGGUGCCUUCAAGAACCUCAAGGUCCGCUUUGCCGGCGUCGUGCUUCCCGGCCAGACUCUCAAGACUGAGAUGUGGAAGGAGGGCAACACCGUCCUCUUCCAGACCACCGUCGUUGAGACUGGCAAGCCUGCCAUUACUGGCGCGGGUGCUGAGCUGCUUGAGGGCGCGAAAGCUAAGCUGUAA